GCUGGCUCGUGUCGCAACCCUCUUUGUGAGCAGCAAUGCGCUAGCCAGCGCGCUCGCGCCCGCCAGGCCGACGCUGUACGUCUACGACCACUGCCCCUUUUGCGUGCGGGCGCGGCUGGCCUUCGGCCUCAAGGGCAUCAAGCACGACGUGCGCUUCAUGGCGAACGACGACGUGGACCUCCCGACGUCGCUCGUGGGCAAGAAGAUCGCGCCCAUCUUCGACGACGGCAACAGCGCCCCGUACGCGGAGUCGCUGGACAUCGUGCGCAACGUCGACGCGGACCCCGCGUACGGCACGCCCGGCGCCUUCCGACCGCUGUCGGACCGCACGGACCUCAAGGCGUGGCAGAAGUCCGUGCAGACGCCUUUGCGGCUGCUGCAGCGGCCGCGGUACGUGAAGACCUACCUGCCGGAGUUCGUCACCGGGAGCUCGCGCGACACCUUCGUGAAGAACCACCAGCUGCCCCCCUACGAGAGAAGGCCAACUGGCGCUCGGACGAGUUCACUAUGGAUGA